AUGAGCUCAGCAAAGGAUCAGGUCCAGGUUGACCAGGUCCGUCUGGAGGCAGCCCUAGGGCACAAGCAAGAGCUGGUACGGGGAUUUGGCCUGUUCAGUCUGACGAGUCUAGGGAUUAUUAUUGCCAAACACGUCACCUAUCUAAAUGUCGUCAAUAACAGCUCGUGGGCCGCAACCGGAGGCACAAUCGUUACUGCGCUGUACAAUGGCGGCCCAAUGGCCGUACUCUACGGCCUCAUCGUGGUCAGCAUCUUCUAUGCCUUCAUCUCAGCCUCGCUAUCAGAGCUCGCCUCAGCCAUCCCCUCGGCAGGCGGCGUCUAUCAUUGGUCCUCGGUCGUCGCAGGCCGGUACGGCCGCGCGGCGGGCUUCUUCACAGGGUACCUGAAUGCCUGCGCAUGGCUACUCAGCGCGGCAUCGAUGAGUUCGAUUCUAGGCAACGAAGCAGUAGCCAUGUAUCUACUGCGUAACCCCGACGUAGAAUGGCACAGCUGGCAGCCGUUCAUCGUCUUCCAGAUUGUACUCUGGAUGUGCUGCGGAAUUGUCUGCUGCGGGAAUAGGUUCCUCCCGCUGUUGAAUCGAAUUGCGCUCAUUUCGUCGAUGGGUGGCUUGUUCAUUACGAUUAUUGUUCUCGCUGCUAUGCCGCGUGGUCGGUGGGCCAGUAACCAGCAGGUGUGGAGGACUUAUUAUAAUGAAACGGGGGGGUGGUCUGACGGCAUUUGUUUCCUGAGUGGCCUGCUCAAUGCGGCUUUUGCUGUUGGGACGCCAGACUGUAUUAGCCAUCUAUCUGAAGAGGGGUGGCAUCCAGUGCCGCAGCCCGAACGGAAAGUCCCGCAAGGAAUAAUGCUCCAACUCCUCACAGCAUUCAGCACAGCAUUCAUCUAUCUUAUCGCUCUUUUUUACAGCAUAAAUGACAUCGACGCCGUCUUCAACAGCGCACUCAACUUCCCCACCGCCGAAAUCUACCUGCAAGCGACAGGCUCCACCGCCGGCGCAGUCGGCCUCGUCGCACUAAUGUUCCUCGCAACCUUUCCAACCCUAAUCGGCACCCUCACGACAGGCGGCCGCAUGUGGUGGUCCCUCGCACGUGACAACGCUACCCCCUUUGCGCCGUUCCUUGCAAAGGUCCAUCCUACCCUUGAUGCACCCGUUAACGCAACUGUCGCGAUGACAACCAUGGUGACGUGCCUAGGGUGCAUCUAUGGAGGAAGCACGACGGCUUUUCAGGCAUUGAUCAGCUCCUUCAUCGUACUCAGCACGCUUUCGUACGCCGGCGCGAUUCUCCCCCACCUGCUAAGCGGUCGAGGCCGCGUCAUUUUCGGGCCCUUCCGCAUGACCCGAAGCUGGGGAUUCAUUGUGAACGUGCUCGCGGUGGUGUAUAUCGCUGUGACGGUGGUGUUCUUCUGCUUCCCGUUUACGUUGCCCGUGACGGUGCAGAAUAUGAAUUAUACUAGUGUCAUUACCGUAGGUUUAAUGACGAUUGUGCUGGCUUGGUGGACUGUGCGGGGGAUGAGAGAGUAUCAGGGCCCGGUGUAUAGUAUCGAAGCUGCGGAAAAGAUUGCUCAUGAAGAGACGGAGAGGGUUGCCGAGGAGGUUGGGGUCUUGGGCGAGGGGGUUGGGACGAGGGAAUAA